AUGGCUCUGUCCCGGUCCCCACAUCCCGCUCCGGGGCCGGCGCCGCCGGUUCCCCCUCUGUCCCCGCCCCCUCGUGACGUCAUUUCGGGGAAGCGGGCAACCCCGCUGGAAGCCGGCGCUCGGGGCCGAGGGGGCGUGGCCUCGAAGCCGCCCUCCGCCAAUGGCCGCGCAGAUCCGGGAAGGGGCGUGGCCUCCGCUCCUUCCUGCCCCGGCAGUGGGGGCGGCCCAGGGCGCCGAGGAUGGCGUGGGGCUGGGGGCUCGGUGCCGUGCCGUGCCGUGCCGGUGCUGAGCCCGCGGUGCCGUAGGCGCCAGGCGGCCGAGCCGCUCUCCUCGCACGCCCGGAUGCUCUUCCAUUCCUUGUUGGCGCUGCUGGACAAUCAUCUGGGCAGCCUGGGGGUGGGCGACGAGGACUUCAUGCUGAAGCACAACCUGCGCAAAGCCCGCCGGGACCUCCAGGCAGAGUUUGAGGAGUGCCCGGAGAGGUUUGCCAACCUGGUGGACAACCUGCUGCAGGAGGAACGGCGGAUCCUGCGCAUGGGGCAGGCGGGGGCACAGGUAGGUUGGGGGGGGGUGUGUGUGUCGUCCCCCCCCAACCCCACAACCCCUUCCCCACGGGACCCUCCUGUCGCGGACGGAGUGAUGAACUUCACUAGUUAAGAGUGAAGCAGUGAAAUAUUUAUUAAGGUGAAACAGUGAUUUAACAAAACCAGUAGUAAGUGUGAUAAAACCAGUAGUAAAUGCGAUAGUGUUUGAUGAGAUUCGAUGUCAGGGUACACUCUGUUAUUUACUGCAGAGAGGGCAGGGUCAGACAUCUUACCAUAAAAAAGACAUCGAGGUGCUGGA